GAUAAUGGGCUGCAUUAAAAGUAAAGAGAACAAAAGUCCAGCCAUUAAAUAUAGAACUGAAAACACUCCAGAGUCUGUCAGUACAAGUGCCAGUCAUUAUGGAACAGAACACACUUCAGUGGCACCAUCAUCUUCAGUGAAGGGGACAUCUGUUAAUUUUAGCAGUCUUUCCAUGACACCAUUUGGAGGAUCCUCAGGUGUGACACCUUUUGGAGGAACAUCUUCCUCAUUCUCAGUGGUGCCAAGUUCAUAUCCUACUAGUUUAACAGGUGGUGUUACUAUAUUUGUGGCCUUAUAUGAUUAUGAAGCUAGAACUACAGAAGACCUUUCAUUUAAGAAGGGUGAAAGAUUUCAAAUAAUUAACAAUACGGAAGGAGACUGGUGGGAAGCAAGAUCAAUUGCUACAGGAAAGAAUGGUUAUAUCCCUAGCAAUUAUGUAGCGCCUGCAGAUUCCAUUCAGGCAGAAGAAUGGUAUUUUGGCAAAAUGGGUAGAAAAGAUGCUGAAAGAUUACUUCUUAAUCCUGGGAACCAACGAGGUAUUUUCUUAGUAAGAGAGAGUGAAACUACUAAAGGUGCUUAUUCCCUCUCUAUUCGUGAUUGGGAUGAGGUAAGGGGUGACAAUGUGAAACACUACAAAAUUAGGAAACUUGACAAUGGUGGAUAUUAUAUCACAACCAGAGCACAGUUUGAUACUCUGCAGAAAUUAGUGAAGCACUACACAGAACAUGCUGAUGGCUUAUGCCAUAAGUUAACAACUGUGUGUCCAACUGUGAAACCGCAGACUCAAGGUCUAGCAAAAGAUGCUUGGGAAAUCCCUCGAGAAUCUUUACGACUAGAAGUUAAAUUAGGACAAGGAUGUUUUGGUGAAGUAUGGAUGGGAACAUGGAAUGGAACCACAAAAGUAGCUAUCAAAACACUAAAACCAGGUACAAUGAUGCCAGAAGCUUUUCUUCAGGAGGCUCAGAUCAUGAAAAAAUUAAGACAUGAUAAACUUGUACCACUAUAUGCUGUUGUUUCUGAAGAGCCAAUUUACAUUGUCACUGAAUUUAUGUCAAAAGGGAGUUUAUUAGAUUUCCUGAAGGAGGGAGAUGGAAAAUAUUUGAAGCUCCCACAACUGGUUGAUAUGGCUGCUCAGAUUGCUGAUGGUAUGGCAUAUAUUGAAAGAAUGAACUAUAUUCACCGAGAUCUUCGGGCUGCUAAUAUUCUUGUAGGAGAAAACCUUGUGUGCAAAAUAGCAGAUUUUGGUUUAGCAAGGUUAAUUGAAGACAAUGAAUAUACUGCAAGACAAGGUGCAAAAUUCCCAAUCAAAUGGACAGCUCCUGAGGCUGCACUAUAUGGUCGAUUUACAAUAAAGUCUGAUGUAUGGUCUUUUGGAAUUCUGCAGACAGAACUGGUAACAAAGGGCAGAGUGCCAUAUCCAGGUAUGGUGAACCGUGAAGUGCUGGAACAGGUGGAAAGAGGAUAUAGGAUGCCUUGCCCUCAGGGCUGUCCAGAAUCCCUGCAUGAAUUGAUGAAUCUUUGUUGGAAGAAGGACCCUGAUGAAAGACCAACAUUUGAAUAUAUUCAGUCCUUCUUAGAAGACUACUUCACUGCUACAGAGCCACAGUACCAGCCAGGAGAAAAUUUAUAA